AUGAACAAAAAGUCGGCAUUGAUCAACAUACGCGCUCCAAAUCUCGACUAUGAGCCCAACAAGGCAAUUCGCCUUGGCCACAUUUGGAAACACCCAAUGGAUCCCGGCUCGUUCUGUGGACCGCCUCUCCCCAUUCCCGAAGACAUGGAAACGGACCAUACUUUCAAAGCCCCUUGGCAUAUCGGCAAAGGCAGGGCAAACAGUGGAUCGUUGGGAUAUGGGCCAAUUUCCUCCAGGCUACUGGAUACAUACUCAAUAGAGCCAACGGACAAUUAUGUCAAAGAGAGCGUCAAAGCCGUUGCUGCUGAGGCUUUCAAGCGUAGACAGCGUCUGUUCAUGGUGACAGGCGUCAAGAUAGCACGUGGUGCAGUUGGCUCAAUCUCCUCUUCGAGGCGUGUUGGGGGCGGUGCAAGAGCUGGAUUCGGAGGUGAAAGCUUCGGCGUCCCAUUUGACGGCGGACCGCAGUUCAAGAUAUCCAGGGAUACCUACGGCGAAGAAACAUAUGGAGGCUGGGAAUCGAUGCAGGCGGGAUCGAGCAUUGUGAAUUAUGGGCGAUGCGAAACGGACGUGGGAGCGUCUGUUUUGGCUGAACUGAGAUCUCGGCCUUUCAACUCUAGGCUUGAGUUUUCUGAGGCCGAUGAGGCUGAUGAGGCUGAAAUAUCAGGUCCUCUGUUUUUGGGUCACCCGUCGACAUGGCAAGAAGUAUGCGAGAGUGAGAGCGAGGGCAAGGGCAAGGGCAGUCUGCAAAACGGAAGAGCUAAACACGAAGUUGUAGUAUCUCCGGAAGUUGGCUACUUUGCUGGGUCUUCAGGGGCCAAAAGCUACUUUUCCUCAGAAAUCGAUGGGCUCAUACUUGGGGAUGACCGUUUCGUGUCGGGGGAGUUCGGGCAUGAGGCCGACCUAAUACCUUUUGUUGACGACAGCAGGGAGGAUGGUCUAUUUAUCUCUUCUCGCUCAUGA